GAAAUUCGAGAGUUCAAGAACUUGGCUGGGAAAAAAAUAAUCACUUUGAUUCAGGUGUCCGAAGUAGCUGCCGGUCCAAGCAAGAGCAAGAAAGCUGGAGCCCCUGUAGACAAUGAAGAGUUCUACAAAGUCACAGAUGCAAUUGAGUAUCCUGGGGAUCCAGAGAGAUUGCUGAGACACCUGGAUCCCGGGAGUGUGGGCUAUGUUAACACCAGAACUUUGAGAAUUCUCAAUGAGCAGAAGAGCGAAGAGAAAGCUGUUCCGCAAUUCCUGAAAAAGUAUGCCGAGCAUCGGCAAGCUCUUCUGGAUCAAAAGAUUGCUUCUGUGGUGAUACCGCCAGCGAAAGAGUUGCUAGCGAAGCAAGAUACUUUGCGAGAGAACUGCUUGGAAGAGUGGCACACGAAGAGAGAAGCUCGAAAUGCAAAGGGCGACUUUAUUAAGGCCCUUACCAACAAAUUUGGCAGCAUUGCAAAAGCAUGGCGACUUGCCUUGGAUCCCGAGCUGAAGUAUGCGAUUGAGAAUGUUGAUCAAUUAAUGAAGGGUCUUAAAAGAGCUGGGCAGAUGCCGCCAGAUGGGGGAGAACAUGCACUGCGAACCAUUGCGGAAAGAUUAUUUCAAGCGUGCCAGUCAAAGGAAACCGAGCAAAUUACACUGGAUUGUUUGGAUCCCAAAACGCCAGCCAUGAUGGAGAAGUUCAAAGAUCGCUGUGAAGAGCGCUUUGGAAGCCUUCAAGAUGCUUUUGAGAGCGUCGAUGUGGAGGGUGUUGGGAUUGUUUCGCGCGAGGAUUUUCGGUUACUUUGCCAUGAAGUCAAAGCUACGGAUGGGAUUUUCCGGCUGAUGGAAUUCUUGGACCCAAAGCGCACUGGGGAGAUCCGGCUGUCACUUAUUGAUGGUGAGGUCACCGAGGAUGCCAUGCUUGCAACACAGACUAGGAGCACUCGGCAGGAGUUGUAG